AUGCCAGUGAUGGCUGAGAUCCUCAGCAUCGUGGCUGCUGUUGCUCAGUUUCUUGAUAUGGCCAUCCGGUUAUCUAUGAAGAUUAGUUGGGUAUGCUCUGAGGUCCGCGGGGCACCAAAAAUACUCGACGACCUAAGAAUAAGCCUCGAUCAGCAAAUAGGACUAGUCAAGAAUAUAUCGCGAAGCCAACUACACCAACAGGGAACGUUAGUCGGUAACGUAGUUGCAAUAACCGCAAUCCUAGUACACUACCAAGAUCUUAUGCAAAACGUACUUGAGCUCCUUCAGCCUCCCAUAGACCAUACCGAUAAGAAUUUUCUUCGCAAGGGGUGGAAUGUGAUUCUCACUCUUCACAAGAAGAAUGACAUUCUUCAUCUUUGCAAGCAAAUAGAAGAGCAACGAGACCUUGUCAUGUUAUGGCUCAGCAAUGAGAACCUCAUAUGCUCCACAGAGACUCUAGACAUCUCGCGAGUCUUUUGA